AAAAACAUAGGUCCAACAAUGCCUUUACAUAAUUUUGACUCUGGCUACACCGCACUGGUUGCUACUAGUGAAAUCAAUGGCUACACAACAGCAGCUGGUGUGCCCUCCCGGGCUCCAGCACUCCUUUUUGGGUGUCUUGCAGGCCUGGUCGUUUACCACCUGUCUAAGGAUACAAGGAAAUGGAUUUUCCUGGCUACAUCUAGGAUUGGCAUUAUGGGAAUGACAUUCUACCACUCUGGAAAAUUUAUGCCCACAUGUUUAAUUACAGGUGCCAAUUUGUUGUUGAUCACCAAACUUGGAAGUAGGUUGUUGAAUAGACCCCAUCAGUAG